AUGACUCAAAGCCAGCGAGAGGAACUAGAGUCCUACCUCAUCGGAAACAGCACCCGUCCCAUUGAGGUAGAUCUCAUUCCAGAGGCUACCAAACACCUCCGAAAACGCAAAGGCGGCGGCCACGGUGCCGGCGGGUCCCUCAGCAAUGCCGGCGGUCGCACCAUCACCAGCUCCGGCAUGCCCAAAGUCUUUGGCGGUUACUACGGCGGCGCCGCCGGCGUCCCGUUCACUAGCGGCAAGCCUACACCCAGGGGGCUUCUCCCUCUCUACCUUGGGGUAUCGGGCGUCUACCUCUCUUCUGCCGGGGAGUGGCUAUACAGUGGCAUCCAUGCAUACUGGUAG